AUGGACAAUGGGAUGGUCUCUGGCUUUAUCAUGAUCAAAAACUUCUUCCUCUUCUGCGUUUCCAUGAGUUUAGCCAGCCACUUCGGCUUCUCGCAAACGCCAACAGCAUCGGGAAAAGAGGACACCAAUGAUAACAUCACUAUAUUCACCAGGAUCUUGGAUGGUCUGCUGGACGGCUACGACAACCGACUGCGCCCGGGACUGGGAGAGAGAAUAACUCAGGUGAAAACAGACAUCUAUGUUACCAGUUUCGGUCCUGUGUCAGACACAGAAAUGGAAUACACCAUUGACGUUUUUUUCCGACAAAGCUGGAAAGACGAAAGGCUGCGAUUCAAAGGACCUAUGCAACGCCUCCCUCUUAACAACUUGCUCGCCAGCAAGAUUUGGACGCCAGACACUUUUUUCCACAAUGGCAAGAAGUCCAUUGCUCACAACAUGACAACGCCAAACAAACUUCUGCGCCUGGAGGAUGACGGCACUCUGCUGUAUACCAUGAGAUUGACCAUCUCUGCUGAAUGUCCCAUGCAGCUUGAAGAUUUCCCCAUGGAUGCACAUGCUUGCCCAUUAAAAUUUGGAAGCUAUGCUUACCCCAAUUCUGAAGUGAUCUAUGUGUGGACUAAUAGCACCACAACAUCUGUGGUGGUGGCUGAAGACGGUUCACGACUUAACCAGUACCACCUGAUGGGACAAACUGUAGGAACUGAAAACAUCAGUACCAGUACAGGUGAAUAUACUAUUAUGACAGCCCAUUUUCAUCUGAAAAGAAAAAUUGGUUAUUUUGUCAUCCAGACGUACCUUCCUUGCAUUAUGACUGUGAUCUUAUCGCAAGUGUCGUUUUGGCUAAACAGAGAAUCUGUCCCGGCUAGGACUGUCUUUGGAGUAACUACAGUCCUCACCAUGACCACCUUAAGUAUCAGUGCCCGUAACUCUUUGCCAAAAGUGGCCUACGCUACUGCAAUGGACUGGUUUAUAGCUGUCUGCUAUGCCUUUGUAUUUUCUGCAUUGAUUGAAUUUGCAACAGUCAACUAUUUCACCAAGAGGAGUUGGGCAUGGGAUGGCAAAAAAGCCCUGGAAGCUGCUAAAAUCAAGAAAAAAGAGCGUGAAUUGCUGGGAAAUAAAUCAACUAAUACUUACAGCACUGGGAAGAUGACCCCCGCACCAAACAUGCCAAAGGACUCAGCCCCAUCUGUCAUCUCAAACGCUGCACCUGCCCCAGUGAAGUCUGCAGAAGAAAAGCCCGCCGAAAGCAAAAAGACUUACAACAGCAUCAGUAAGAUUGACAAAAUGUCCCGGAUAAUUUUCCCAGUGCUGUUCGGAACUUUUAACUUAGUUUACUGGGCCACAUAUUUGAAUAGGGAGCCUGUUAUUAAAGGUGCCAAUUCUCCAAAAUAA